UCAUUUUUUGAUAUAAUCGCCGACAGCCAUCACGAUCACAAUUAAAAUCCGAAACACGAGCUCCCCGUAUAAAUAAUCAUCCGCUGAGGUGUCCUUCAUUUUCUUCUCUCGGUCUCUUCCCCUUCUCAACUGGCGGGAAACCGUACUCUUCAUCUCUCUCUCUCUCUCUCUAGGGUUUCCAAUCUCUCGCUCAUCUCUGGCUCCGCUCUCUCCCUCUCCUAGGGGUUUCUAGGGUUUAGAAGCUACGAUGAGCUUCAGAAAGGGCUCGAAGGUGUGGGUUGAGGAUAAGGACUUGUCGUGGACUGAGGCUGAGGUGGUCGAAGUCAAGGAUAAGCUCGUGAGCUUGAUCACUGCUCAAAGAAAGAAGAUUAAUGUUCCGCCGGAUAAGUUGCUUCCACGGGAUGCGGAUGCUGAUCUGGGAGGGGUAGAUGACAUGACCAAAUUGACUUAUCUUAGCGAGCCGGGGGUUCUUUAUAAUCUUGCCAGAAGAUAUGCACUCAAUGAGAUAUAUACAUACACAGGAAGUAUACUCAUAGCUGUCAACCCAUUCACCAAGCUUCCUCAUCUAUAUAAUGCACAUAUGAUGGAGCAGUACAAGGGUGUUCGAUUUGGGGACUUAAGCCCUCAUGUUUUUGCUAUAGCCGAUGCGUCAUACAGAGCUAUGAUGAAUGAGGCCCGCAGUCAGUCCAUUUUGGUUAGCGGAGAAAGCGGAGCUGGGAAAACUGAGACCACAAAGCUAAUUAUGCAGUACUUAACACAUGUUGGCGGUCGGGCUGCUAGUGAUGAUCGUACUGUUGAGCAGCAAGUUUUGGAAUCAAAUCCGCUCUUGGAGGCAUUUGGUAAUGCAAAAACUGUUCGAAAUGAUAACUCAAGUCGCUUUGGAAAAUUUGUUGAAAUCCAGUUUGAUACAAGCGGUAGGAUAUCUGGUGCUGCUGUAAGAACCUACCUCUUGGAAAGGUCUCGUGUAGUACAAAUUACAGAUCCUGAGAGAAACUACCACUGCUUUUAUCAGCUAUGUGCUUCUGGAAAGGAUGCAGAGAAAUACAAACUUGGUCAUCCGAGUGAAUUCCAUUACUUGAACCAAAGCAAGACGUAUGAGCUAGAUGGAGUAAGCAAUGCUGAAGAGUACUGGAAGACACGGAGAUCAAUGGAUAUAGUUGGUAUAAAUUACAGCGAUCAGGAAGCAAUAUUUCGCACCCUAGCUGCUAUUCUUCAUCUUGGGAACAUUGAAUUUUCUCCUGGAAAGGAACAUGAUUCUUCAAUCGUCAAGGACACACAGUCUACUUUUCAUCUUGAGAUGGCCUCUGAGUUAUUCAUGUGUGAUGCCGGUCUUUUGCUUGCAACAUUGUGUUCUCGGUCAAUAAAGACUCGUGAAGGAACUAUCAUUAAAGCACUUGACUGUGCUUCUGCUACAGCUAAUCGUGAUGUUCUUGCCAAGACUGUAUAUGCUCGAUUGUUUGACUGGCUUGUUGAAAACAUUAACAAGUCUGUUGGUCAAGACCCGGAUUCCAGGAUACAAAUUGGAGUCUUAGACAUCUAUGGUUUUGAAUGCUUCAAAAAUAACAGCUUUGAGCAGUUCUGCAUCAACUUUGCGAAUGAAAAACUUCAACAACAUUUCAAUGAGCAUGUAUUCAAGAUGGAGCAGGAGGAGUACAGAAAUGAAGAAAUCAAUUGGAGCUAUAUUGAGUUUAUAGAUAACCAAGACAUUUUGGAUUUGAUUGAGAAGAAGCCUAUUGGAAUAAUUUCUCUUCUGGAUGAAGCUUGUAUGUUCCCAAAGUCAACGCAUGAGACAUUUUCGACCAAGUUGUUUCAAAGCUUCAAGACACAUCCAAGAUUAGAAAAAGCAAAAUUUUCUGAGACAGAUUUUACUAUGUCUCAUUAUGCAGGAAAGGUAACCUAUCAAUCAGAUUCGUUUUUGGAUAAAAAUCGGGACUAUGUCAUUAUAGAACACUGCAAUCUGUUAUCUUCAUCAAAAUGCUGUUUCAUUUCUGGUCUGUUUGCUUUACUGCCGGAGGAAUCUUCGAGAUCGUCUUACAAGUUCUCUUCUGUAGCUUCUAGAUUUAAGCAACAACUUCAAGCUCUCAUGGAGACACUCAAUGCAACAGAACCUCACUAUGUUCGUUGUAUAAAACCGAACUCCUCAAACCGUCCUCAGAAGUUUGAGAAUCAGAGUGUCCUACAUCAAUUGCGUUGUGGGGGUGUUUUGGAGGCUGUUCGAAUUAGUCUUGCUGGUUAUCCUACUCGGAGAACUUACUCGGAGUUUAUAGAUCGAUUUGGACUCUUAGCUCCAGAAUUAAUGGAUGGCAGUUAUGACGAGAUGACCGUGACCGAGAAAAUCCUGCAAAAGUUAAAACUUGAAAACUUCCAGCUUGGCAGGGCCAAAGUGUUCCUCAGAGCUGGUCAAAUUGCAAUUUUAGAUUCUCGGCGGAUUGAGGUUUUGGAGAGCGCUGCAAGGCUCGUGCAGAACCGUUUUCGAACAUAUGUUACUCACAAGGAGUUUGUUCUCAUCAAGGGUGCAGCAAUUUCUCUGCAAGCAUAUUGUAGAGGUUGUUUGGCUCGAUUGUUAUAUGAGAAAAGAAGACAGGAAACAGCAACAGUUGUGAUUCAGAAACAUGUCCGGAAAUGGUUGCUGCGGCGUGCUUUCUUGCAUGUCCAUUCAGCAGUUCUGAUUAUUCAGUCUAGUAUUCGCAGUUUUUCUGUUCGCCAUAAAUUCACACACCUGAAGGAACAUAGGGCGGCCACGCUAAUCCAGGCAUGGUGGAGGAUGCGGAUGGCCUAUGUGGCUUUCUGUCAACAUCGACGUGCUGCUGUGUCCAUUCAAUGUGCCUGGAGACAGAAACUUGCAAAAAGAGAGCUUCGAAGGCUUCGACUGGCUGCAAAUGAAACUGGUGCCUUGCGCGAUGCAAAGAACAAACUCGAGAAGAAGUUGGAGGAUCUUGCUUGGAGAGUAGCUCUCGAAAAGAGACUACGGGUAACAAGUGAAGAAACAAAAGCCAUGGAAGUUUCAAAGCUUCAGAAAGCAAUGGACUUGUUGAACUCUGAGCUGAGUGCUGCCAAAUUGGCCACUAUAAGUGAGCAAAAGAAGAAUUCGGUUCUUCUAAGCCAGGUUGAUGCACUAGCGAAAGAUAAGGCAAUGCUGGAAAGCAGUCUUGAGGAAAUGGCUGAAGUAAGGAAGGAGAACUUUAAUCUGAAGAAUUCGGUAGAGUCUCUGGCCAAGAAGAACUCAGACUUGGAGAGUGAUCUGCAGAAAGUUCGAAACCAUAGCAAUGAAACGUUGAAAAAGUUGCAAGAUAUGGAAACCAAAUACGUACAGCUUCAGCAAAAUUUGCAGAGCAUGGAGGAUAAGCUGUCUACAUUACAGGAUGAAAACCACAUAUUGAGACAAAAUGCAAUAAGCACCUCACCUCCAGCGAACAAUCUUUCUGUGGUCCCAAAAUUUUUCUCUGAGAAGCAUUCUGGAGAAUAUACGCUUCCAAAUAUUAACCAGAGUCCUACAUUUGAAAGUCCAACACCGACAAAAUAUGUUGCUGCUGUUCCACGCACCCUGUCAGAAUCACGGCGAUCUAGAAUGACCAUGGAGAAACAUGAGGAAAAACAUGAACUUCUUUUUCGGUGCAUCAAAGAAGAUUUGGGCUUCAAAGAUGGCAAGCCAGUUGCAGCUUGUACAAUAUAUAGAUGCCUUCUCCAAUGGCGUGCCUUCGAAGCUGAGAGGACCAUUAUAUUUGACUUUAUAGUUGAGUCAAUCAAUGAUGUUCUUAAGGUGGAUGCUGAACAUGAUAUCCUGCCAUAUUGGUUGUCCAAUACAUCAGCGCUUCUAUGCCUCUUGCAGAGGAAUCUUCGUUCAAAUGGCUUACUUACUACACCUGCUCGGCGUUCUGCCGCUUUGGGGUUAAGUGGAAAAGCAACACCAGCUCAGAAAACUCCUUUACGACUUAUGGGACGUGAAGAUAGUGUGUCACAUGUGGAUGCAAGAUAUCCAGCUAUAUUGUUUAAACAGCAGUUGACUGCCUGCUUGGAGAAGAUUUUCGGAUUGAUUAGGGAUAAUUUGAAGAAAGAGUUAUCACCACUUCUUAGUCUAUGCAUUCAGGCCCCAAAAACUACUCGAGCACAUGCUGGUAGAGCAUCUAAAUCACAGUGCGGUGGCGUUCAACAGCCAUUGAGCAUUCACUGGGAUGGCAUUGUCAAAUUUUUAGAUUCACUAUUGGCUCGAUUACGCAAUAACUAUGUACCGUCUUUUUUCAUCCGUAAGCUUAUCACCCAGGUUUUCUCAUUCAUGAACAUCCAGCUUUUCAAUAGCCUUCUUCUGCGGCGUGAAUGCUGCACAUUUUCCAAUGGGGAAUAUGUGAAAUCUGGACUUGCGGUGCUGGAGAAGUGGAUUGCUGAUGUUACAGAGGAAUUUGCAGGAACUUCUUGGCAUGAGUUGAACUACAUCAGACAAGCAGUUGGAUUUUUGGUUAUACAUCAGAAGAGGAGGAAAUCCCUUGAUGAGAUACAGCAAGACCUUUGCCCGGCAUUGAGUGUAAGGCAAAUCUAUAGAAUAUGUACAAUGUACUGGGAUGACAAAUAUAGCACGCAGAGCGUAUCAAAUGAGGUUGUUGCAACAAUGAGAGAUCUGGUGAACAAAGAUUCACAAAGUCUCAUGUCAAAUUCGUUUUUGUUGGAUGAUGAUAUGAGCAUUCCAUUUUCUACUGAAGACAUAUCAAAGGCUAUCCCUGCGAUAGACCCUAUGGAUGUCGAUAUCCCACCGCAGCUUCGACAAAUUCCAUCAGCCCACUUGCCAGUACGGCGCCUUGAGAUACCGCCUACUUGAGAAAAAUAUCAAUAAAAUAUUUAAAAAUCCGGGCUCAACUGCCCUCAAUUUGGGCUUCAGCUGAUAUAGUUGCAUGGGAUGCAUCCUGGGAAUACUCAGUUCCCAAUAUAUGGAAGCUUUGAUUUGUGGCAGGAACGGUGCAGAAUUUGCAAAUCGUGGGAUGGAGGGCUUUCCCUCAUUUCAGAAUGAGACUGCAACUGGAGCAGAAGGUUCUAACAAUGGACUGACAUUAUACUGUACUAACAUCGAACUGCACUGCUAAUCCACAAUUGUACUAACAUUAUAUUGUAAUGCACCCAGAAAGGCCCUGCAGCUAUUCAGUUGCUGGUGGGGACAGAACCUGCAGAUACACUUGAAACAUCCCACUGUAAUAUUAUGUGCAACUCCUUAUUGCUCGCGAUGCUGUAAUAUAUUGUGAGUCUGGGAUUUUUAACCAGAUCAGCAUGGGGAGAUCAAUAUAAUUAUUUUAUGAUUCUGUUU